UGUUCCAGAAUCAAUUCAACUGCCGAUCUAUACGAUAAAUUUAUAAAUGAUUCCUGGGCAAAAAUUUUGACAAUCGCUCUCUUAGUAAUUAUUGGAAUAUUACUUAUUUUAAUAGUGAUUCUUAGUUACUUUGUCAACAAAUUUAGAUGUCGCCCACUUAUAAAAAAACGUUUUGUCAUCAGUAAAAAAGGUAUAACCCCAUUAACAUCAAGACCUCGAUUGUCGAGUGAUCAAUGUGAAAUAAUGAUUGAGGAUUGUUGUAACAUGAAUAUUUGCGAAACUCCUUGUUAUGAACCCAAAGCUAAGAAUCAGGAUCUGAAAGAAAAAAAAGUGAAAGGAAGAUUUCAUUGC